CACUUAACCCCACUAUAGAACCCAUCUCCCCUCUCCGGCCCUCAGUAUCGCGCACCACCCCUCCCCUCUCACGCGCUCGCGCACCCACAAGCAAGCACGCACGAGGAGAGCGAGAGGAGAAGCAGGGGCGAGGUUCUCAGUAGGCAGAGGUUGCGGGGUGUUGUGUUGGGGAGGGAGUCGGAGGUAGUGCCGCCGCGCCGGUCGCCAGGGAAGCACAGGCGGCUGAGGCGCACCUGCCAGAUCUGCGGCCCCGCCGGCGGCGGGCCGCCAUCUCCGAGGCUCGGCAUUGGAUCAGGAUCUACUUAUCCAAAGGUUGGGCUUAUCGGGGUUUUGUAACGGAUUCCAAUUGUAGGGGAGGUUACUGCUGCCUUAGCCUUCCUUAUUUGUUGCUUUCUAGCUAAUGUGGAAGAUGUCAUUCUUUGCCUGAUGAUUGCUACUGUGACACUUGUCUCACACUCUGGCACCACAUUGGCUGCAAAAUUUGUUGGGCACACGAGAAAGGACUGGAGUGAGAAGGGCAUAAUUGGGCAGCUGCCUCUAGUGCAUUGACCCUAUUUCCUUUCUCCUCUACCAUGCCUCGCAAUUUGGAGAGCCCAGUCCAGACCCAGAUGGCAGUUUCAGCCUUGAAAAGCUCUCUGAUUGGUGAUUACUCUGACAAAACUAGAAGUGAAGGAAGGGGUGGUGGAUGGAAACGUGUUUUCGUCCAAACCGAUACUGGUUUUGUACUGGCUGUUCAACUAGAUCGUGGUGACAAUGCACACACCGUGAAAAGAAAGCUGCAGCUAGCCCUCAAUGUGCCCACUGGGGAAAGUUCUCUGACAUUUGGUGAUCAUGUCCUUAAGAAUGACCUCAGCAAUGUACGGAAUGAUUCUCCACUGCUUCUGACCAAGAACUUCAUGCAUAGGAGUUCCUCCACCCCAUGCCUGUCUCCUACAAGCAAGGAUCUCCAGCAGCAAAGAGAUAAGGGUGGUCCAAUUGAAGUUUUAGUAUGCCCAAGCCGCUGCUUUCGGACAAAGCAGCUUGUUAAGGAUGUUGGUAGGGCCAUAAGAAACGGUGUGGAUCCAAUACCUGUCAAUAGUGGGCUUGGUGGUGCCUACUAUUUCAGGAACUGUAAAGGUGAGAAUGCUGCAAUUGUGAAGCCAAAUGAUGAGGAGCCAUUUGCGCCCAACAACCCUAAAGGUUUUACAGGGAGAGCCCUUGGGCAGCCAGGCCUCAAAAGAUCAGUUCGAGUCGGUGAGACUGGCUAUAGAGAGGUUGCUGCAUACCUUCUGGACUAUGAUAAUUUUGCUAAUGUCCCUCCCACAGUUCUUGUGAAGAUUGCACAUCCUGUAUUUAAUGUGAAUGAAGGUGUCAGGUCUACCAAAAAGAAGGUUUCCGGGGGUGAUCCACAAGCUGUUAGCAAGAUUGCCUCAUUUCAGCAGUUUGCUCCCCAUGAUUUUGAUGCUAGUGACCUUGGCACCUCAGGUUUUCCUGUAUCUUCUGUUCAUAGGAUUGGCAUUCUUGACAUCAGAAUCUUCAACACUGAUAGACAUGCCGGGAAUCUUCUGGUAAGGAACCUGACUGGAGCAGGGAAAUUUGGGAAUCAAACUGAGCUGAUACCUAUUGACCAUGGUCUCUGCCUCCCAGAGUGCUUAGAGGAUCCUUAUUUUGAAUGGAUUCACUGGCCACAGGCGUCAAUCCCAUUCUCUGAGGAUGAGCUCAAGUACAUAGCAGAUCUUGAUCCAGUUAAAGAUGCUGACAUGCUUCGUAUGGAGCUGCCUAUGAUCCGUGAAGCAUGUCUCCGAGUGCUAAUGCUCUCGACCAUAUUUCUGAAAGAAGCCACAUCAUUUGGUCUUUGUCUUGCGGAGAUUGGUGAGAUGAUGAGCAGAGAAUUUACUGGGGCGGAAGAUCAGCCAAGUGAGCUAGAGGUUGUCUGUAUGGAGGCAAGGAGGCUAGCAACAGAACGAGAAGAAUGUUCAACAGAAAAUGAAUCUGGAGAUGAAGAUGUAACUCAAUUUCAACUUGAUUAUGAAGAUCAUCAUGAAAUGCCAAAAGGACCAUCGGCGUACCAUUUUGGAUUUAAGGGGGGAAGCUGCAGAAACCCACUGUCUAAAUUGGAUGAGGCCAUUGAAGAAGAGGAAGAUGACACUGAGGCUGAGGAGGAAGAAAGCAAUGCAGAAAAGUUAGCUUGCCCUAAACCUGUCAAUAAGUGGCAACCUAACAUUUUGAAGCUAUCAACCUCGCUGAGCAGUUUCAGUCUCACUGACAAAAGCCAGCGUCAACUGCCUGCUGUUCCGAAGGGUACUGAUCCUGGUAACUGGAGGAGCGCAAAUGAACAGCUCCCAACAAGUGCAAGCUUUGUCAAGCUAGCCGACAUGGGCAUGGAGACAUGGGGGCUAUUCCUUGAGAAGUUCCAUGAGCUGCUCCCUGGCGCAUUCAACUCGCGCAAGUGUGGCGCCACAGGGCAAAGGGCGAAGCAGAGGCUGGGAACCUCUUGCCAGUUUUGAGUUAGUUCAGGAGUAGUUCGUGCAAUAAAACCAUCCUUUGCAGGCUCGCAAUAGGAUCAUUGAGCGCGUGACAGCAUCAGAGGUCCAUGUUGAGUUGAUGCCUUUCUGUACAAAGUUUUUUUUUCUGUUCUUUUCUUUUCUAGCUAGUAGCUGGGAAGAGUUUGGGAUGUGAUGCCUGCCCAGUUCUUGGCCACCCAACUCUUCCCAUUCAUCAUAUGCAUUCAAAGGCUUCUUUCACAUAGACAUUCAACAAAGUUUCUGGUGUGGUAAUUAAACAUUGUCCAGACUUCAGAGUAAUGUUAUAGCUCAACUUGAAAGGGUUUUAUUUUGUUUGUUCGGUUGGUCAUUUUGCAUGUUAUAUGUACUGAACCUGUGGUCACAGAUACUCCAGUGGCUCUUUAUUGAUUCA